AUGUCAUCUUCAAUUUACAGCCAUCUCAGUGGCCUUUUCCGCAAAUCCUCCAAGCCUGCUGCAACCGCCGCCGCCGCCGUAGCCGGAGCCACCACCACGAUAAACACUUCACAACAAACGGCAUCUGAACCCACCCGUCUCACCGCCGCUGCCAUCAAAGAAAAACAACUCGAAUCUUUGGUCAAAAAAAUCAAGAAAAAUUCAGAGUCCCCCCGCUUUCGCCGCCGCCAUCUGAACUACGAGCCCGCCGUCCGCCGCCUCGCUGCUGCAGGCCGCCUCUCUUCGAUCCACGACAUCCUCAACCACCAAAAACAGUACGAAGAUAUCAGCAAUGAACGCUUCACAGUCCGCCUCCUCUGGCUUUACGGCAAGUCCCAAAUGUUUGACCACGCGCUCGACCUGUUCGAGGAAAUGCCCCAAUUAAAUUGUCAGCGCACUGUCCUUUCCUUCAAUGCUCUCCUCGCGGCCUGCGUUCACUCCAAACAAUUUGAUAAAACCGUCAAGAUUUUCCAUGAAAUCCCCGAGAAAUUGGCAAUCCAGCCGGAUAUAGUCUCUUAUAACACGGUGAUCAAGGCCUUUUGUGAACUAGGAUCAUUGGAUACAGCUGUUUCUAUGAUGGAUGAACUUGAUAAAAAUGGCAUACAUCCAACUACGGCAACAUUUAACACACUUUUAUAUGCCUUUUACAAGAGUGGUAGGUUUGACGAGGCAGAAAAGAUAUGGGGAUUGAUGGAAAAGAAAAAUGUGAGUGCUGAUGCUAGGAGUUAUAAUGCAAAGUUGCAUGGCUUAGUAAAGGAAAAGCGGAUGAAGGGCAUUCAAAAGAGGUCAAAAGAUGGUGACAUUGAUUUCGCGCAUGAGUUGUGCAAGAAGUCUAUUGAUGAGAACAGGAUUUAUGUUAAAGGGAUACUACAAGUAAUUAAUAAGCUGGUUGAGCAAUCGAAGAUCAACGAAGCAAAGGAGCUCAUGGAGUUGGGGAGUUCGAUACGUGUAUUACGUGAUAGGCUGUCAAUGCGAACACAGGGAAUGGGAGCCAUUGGUUUUCACCAAAACUCUGAAGAAGAGGAGCCUUCCUUGCAAGAUUAA